AUGGAUUCAACCUUUUUUAAUAGUACAGAUUCAAAACCAAUUUGGGAUUACGAUGAUGUGACCCAAUAUGGUAGAAUAACAUACGUGAACUUUAUAAUACCGUUAAUGCUUACCAUUGGGGGAUGUUACUUUCUUACAUUUAAUAUCUGGUCUCACUACCACAGUUAUAAUAUAUUACAGUUGAAGAAGGAUGAUUUUAUACAGCAUUUAGUAAAUUUGAAAAAACAAGAGACCUGUGGCGAGGUAACCGAUGAAAGCCAACCUCUUCUGUUGCCAUCCUCUGAACGUGAGGGUGCACAAAACAGAAAUUACUCUUCUGUUAAUAAAAUAUCUGAAGGUGACUUACUCAAAGAAAAACAUUUUUCAAUCGAGAAAUUGUCUUUAACCAAAUUAAAUGGUGAGCCUCAUGGUAUACCAAGCUUAGUUACUAGGAAUUUCACGGAAAAGACUAGAGUCGUAAUAGAAUUUAUGAUUGUGAUUUCUCAAUUUAUAAUACAUGCUUCAGUUAUGAUUAACAGAAAUAAACAUUCCUCUUAUCGCGAAGAGUUUAAUUAUAGGGGUACUAUUAUGGGAUUAAUCCAAUGGCUAUUUUUAACUAUCAUAGUGACACUAAGAUUAUUAAAUAUCAAUCAAUCGAUAACAGUUCUUAAUAAAUACGUCGGCAAUAUCUGGAUGAUAUCAUUUGUUUCAUAUUUAUUCUGCUUCGUAGGGGCAACUAUUCCAUUUCGUUCCGUACUAAUUCAUAGUAUCCAAUCUGAAACAAUCAGAAAAUAUUAUAUUUCUCAAUUUGUUAACAAUGGUAUCUUGUUUCUCCUAUUGUUUUUUGCACCACUGAGAAACAAUUAUGUUAUAUCAUAUAAGACAGACAAACACAUAAUUCCUUCACCGGAAUCAACUACAUCUAUUGCAAGUUUUAUAUGUUGGACUUGGUUAGACAAAUUUGUGUGGUUUGCCCACAAUCAUGUUGUUGAACAAGAAGAUGUUUGGGGCCUAUCGAUGGACGAUUAUUCUAUCUUCGUUUUGAAGAAAUUUAGAAAUUAUGUUCAUUCUUUUACAAACAAGCGAACUUUUUCUGUCAAUCUUAUUCUGUUUUUUAAAAAGUAUUUGACUAUUCAGGCUUUUUGGGCUAUUAUUGCCAGUUUCUUAACUUUUUCACCUACGCUGUUAUUGAAAAAAAUUCUGGAAUAUGUUGAUGAUCAAGAUUCAGCCCCAGUCAGUGUGGCGUGGUUGUAUGUUAUUUUAAUGUUCACUUGUAAACUUUUGGUUGCUGUUGCAAAUGGCCAGGCGCUAUUUUUUGGUAGAAGGGUAUGUAUUAGAAUGAAGAGUAUUAUUGUUUCAGAAAUUUAUUCUAAGGCCUUAAGAAAGAUGAUUCAAACGAAGUCUGAAAAAAAUAAAGAUAAUUCUCAAGAAAAUACUCCAACUCCAGAAACAUCCGGCGAAACUGAUCCUGAAAUCUUAAUUGAUGCCAAAAAAUUAGAAGGUGACGAAGAAUCCACAGAAUCUUCUGCCAAAUUAGGUCAAAUUAUUAACUUAAUGGCUGUGGAUGCAUUUAAGAUUUCAGAAAUAUGUGCCUAUUUGCACUCUUUUGUUGAGGCCAUCGUGAUGACAGUUAUUGCACUUGUUUUACUUUACAACUUAAUCGGAGUCUCAGCAAUCAUUGGUGCUGUCGUUAUUGUUUCGGCGUUACCAAUCAAUUUCAAAUUAGCCAACAUUAUAGGUGAACUUCAAAAGAAAAAUCUUCAAAUCACUGACAAACGUAUCCAGAAAUUAAACGAAGCUCUUCAAGCUAUCAGAAUUAUCAAAUUUUUUUCAUGGGAAGACAAUUUUUCUGAUGAAAUCAAUGAAAUCAGAGAGGAGGAAUUAAGAUAUCUGAUAUACAGAUCAGUGGCUUGGGUUGCCAGUUCAUUCUUUUUCUUUUUAACUCCAAUUUUGGUCACUACAACUGCCUUCAUGUAUUACAUAUAUGUGGAAGGUAAAACUUUAACCACACCUAUUGCAUUUACUGCUUUGUCCUUAUUUAGUUUACUGAGAGAUCCAUUAGACAGACUAUCCGAUAUGCUGAGUUAUGUUAUACAAUCUAAGGUAUCAUUAGACAGAGUUCAAGAAUUUUUAAAUGAAGCUGAUACCGAAAAAUAUAAUCAACUAACAAUAGAUACACAUGGUAAUAGAUUGGCAUUUGAUAAUGCAACUGUUGGCUGGGGUGAGGGAUCUCAAGAGUUUAAAUUGAGAAAACUAAACAUUGACUUUAAGAUCGGUAAACUGAAUGUCGUUAUCGGACCAACUGGGUCUGGUAAAACCUCUUUAUUGAUGGCUUUGCUUGGUGAAAUGCAUUUAGCUGAUGGGAAAAUUAUUGUUCCAUCAUUAGAUGCCAGACAAGAUUUACGUAUCGAUUCCGAAGGUUUAACAAAUUCAAUUGCUUAUUGUUCACAAUCUGCAUGGUUGUUGAAUGACACAGUUAGAAAUAACAUUUUAUUUAAUAACAAGUACGAUGAAGUUAGAUACCAAGCCGUUGUAGAAGCCUGUAGUUUGAAACGUGAUUUUGAAAUCCUCAAAGCUGGUGAUGCAACUGAAAUUGGUGAGAAAGGUAUCACAUUAUCUGGUGGCCAAAAACAAAGAAUUUCUUUGGCAAGAGCUCUAUAUUCUGAUUCUAGACACAUUUUGCUAGAUGAUUGUUUAAGUGCUGUGGAUGCUCAUACUGCAUUAUGGAUAUAUGAUAACUGUAUUACCGGUCCUCUUAUGUCUGGAAGAACAUGUAUUUUAGUUUCACAUAAUAUUGCUCUGACUUUAAGAAAUGCGGAAUUGGUUGUUGUUUUGGAAGAUGGUCAGGUUAAGGACCAAGGUGUUCCACUUACCCUCUUAGAAAAGGGUAUAUUAGGUGAUGAUGAAUUAGUCAAGAGUAGUAUUCUGUCAAGACAAGCGUCAUCAGUUAACCUAGCGAAGAAAAAUCCAAAUGACGUCAGUAUGACUAGCUUGACAGCCGCAUUAAACAAACAGAUUAAUAAACAAAAGAGUGGUGAUUCAAGUAAAAAUAUUGCCACAACUGAUAACAAUGCUAAUUCUGAAGAAGACGGUAAACUAAUUCAAAAAGAAACAAAAGCUGAAGGUGUUGUCGGUAAGGAUGUCUACUUGUGGUAUGCUGAAAUCUUUGGUGGAUGGAAAAUUAUUCUAGGUUUGGCUUCUCUAUUUUUCUUAUGUCAAGCAGCAAAUAUAUCCGAAGCUUGGUGGAUCCGUGAAUGGGUGACUAAAAAUAGCAUUGUUACUUACUUAACACCUGUCACUACCAUGAGCAAAACAAUGAUUCCAAAUGGUUUCAAUUUAAGACCAAAUAUCAAUCAUUUGUUAAACAAGUUAUUUUCAUUUAGCAAUAAUGUUAUUGAAACUAAACAAGCUACAAAGCAUUCUACUCGUUAUUACCUAAGUAUCUACUUCCUAAUUGGUUUAAUUGAAGCUAUUGCUGGAUGUACUAGAACAUUCUGCAAUUUCCUUGCUGGUAUUAAUGCCUCUAGAAGAAUUUUUAAGAAAUUACUAAACAAAGUUCUACAUUCCAAAUUAAGAUUUUUCGAUUCUACCCCAAUAGGUAGAAUUAUGAAUCGUUUCUCCAAGGAUAUGGAGGCCAUCGACCAAGAUCUUGCCCCAUAUAUGAACGGUGCUUUCUACUCUCUGGUAGAGUGUAUAGCAAUUGUCAUGCUUAUUACUUUUAUUACACCUCAAUUUAUUUCGAUUGCUAUUAUGAUCAGUAUCAUGUAUUAUUUAAUCGGAUACUUUUACCUGGCUGGUUCUCGUGAAUUAAAGAGAUUGGACUCUAUUACAAAAUCACCAAUUUAUCAACAUUUUACCGAAACAUUAGUGGGUGUUACUACCAUUCGUGCAUACGGUGACGAAAUCAGGUUUAUCAAAGAAAACUUAUUAAAGAUAGAUGAAAACAAUAAACCAUUUUUCUAUAUGUGGGUUGCUAACAGAUGGUUAUCAUUCAGAAUUGAUGUUGUAGGUGCAUUUGUUGUAUUUGGUUCUGGUAUCUUUAUUCUAUUAAAUAUUAACGAUCUUGACUCGGGGUUGGCUGGUAUUUCAUUAACUUAUGCAAUUUCAUUUACCGAAGGUGCCUUAUGGUUAGUUAGAUUUUACGCAGAGGUUGAAAUGAAUAUGAAUUCUGUUGAAAGAGUUAAAGAAUAUAUGAAUAUCGAACAAGAACCUUAUAUAUCAACUGAAGACGGACAUAAUAUCGACCCACCUGUCAAUUGGCCACAGGAUGGUAGGAUUGAAGUCAGUGAUGUAUCCUUAAGAUACGCGGCUAACUUACCAAAGGUGAUUAAAAAUGUUUCUUUCAUUGUUGAUCCACAAAGUAAAGUUGGUGUGGUUGGUCGCACAGGUGCUGGGAAAUCUACCAUUAUAACAGCUCUCUUUAGAUUUUUGGAUCCUGAAACAGGUUAUAUUAAGAUUGACAAUAUUGAUAUCACCUCAAUUAAUUUGAAUAAUUUACGUCGUGCAUUAACCAUUAUUCCACAAGACCCAACCCUAUUUGCAGGUACUAUAAAGAGCAAUUUAGACCCAUACAACGAAUACCAAGAUAACGACAUCUUUGCAGCUUUGAGACGUGUUAAUUUAGUUACUCAAAAUGAAUUAAAUAACCGCCUAGAUGAUGCAUCUGAUGUUGUUGAUAAUGACACAACAUCCGUGACAUCUGAGAAUGUGAAUAAAUUCUUAGAUUUAGAAAGUAAUGUCACUGAAGGUGGUGGAAAUUUAUCUCAGGGUCAACGUCAAUUACUAUGUCUUGCCCGUUCUUUGUUACGUUCUCCAAAAAUUUUACUCUUGGAUGAGGCAACUGCAUCCAUUGAUUACGAGUCUGAUGCUAAGGUUCAAGAAACAAUUAGACAGGAAUUUGAUAAGAGUACCAUUUUAACUAUUGCGCACAGAUUGAGAUCUGUUAUCGAUUACGAUAAGAUUUUGGUUAUGGAUGCUGGUGAAGUUAAGGAAUAUGACCAUCCUUACUCUCUACUAUUGAAUAAAAAUAGUUUAUUUUACAGUAUGUGUGAGAAAAGUGGUGAGUUAGAGACUUUGGUAUCUCUAGCAAAGGAAGCAUUUGUUAAGAAAUUAAACUCUAAAUAG